AUGACACCUAUCCACAACAACACGGCACUGUUCGGCGCGCGCACCUCCGGUGACCAGAGGGACGAACUCCCUGAUCCCCAACAGCAAAGCAGUUCGCAUCCCCCCCCCCUCUUCCACCGCCCGCCGGCCGCUGCCUCUACCAAUCUCCCCAUGCCUGCCCCUUAUCUCCCACCAUCCACCCGCUCCCCCCCUCUUCCCUUCCUACGCCAGAACCGCCCCGCCCCUACCGCCACCACGCCAACGCAAGCCAUCCGAAAAUUCGGCCAGCGCGCACAACGGACGCCACGAUGGCUGGUGAAGAAGGUAGACGUGUCAGUUGACCAGCCAGUCUACGCGGCGUCAGUACAGGGGGUGUGGUGGUAUGUGUGGAAGGAGAGUGAGAGUGAGAGUGAGACGGAGAGGGAGAUGGACAGCGAGAGGGAGGAAGGGGAGAGCUUACGUACUGGAGUCACCGUCACCUAG